CGUCUGAUUCUAAGCGCAGCAACGCGAGAAGUGAAACUACGACUGUCUCUCUCUACCCUUGUCCGGUUUUUCCAUUCUUGGCAAAUUCGAAGAUGAGCCCACUUCUGGAUACAUGAUCUUAGGCCGACCUGUCAAGUCGAAGCCCGACGUAAUCUCGCUGCUUUGCUCCACCGAGCUGUUGAAUCGCUUGUGUCCGAGGGGCUUCAAGAUUUUCCCCGGGGGGGCAAUCGCCUGUUCCGUCAUUGCAAACUUCCAGGCGAGAAGAAAUGUGCCCACAAUGAUCACCCCAACAACGAACCGCCUCCUUUGUCCUCUCUCGGCAUGAGUUGAAAAAAUCCUUGUUGUCCCAACUGCUCAACAGUGCUUCCAUGGAUGGCAAAAGCUCAUCUGAGUUGAGCCUUCCCUGGUUCUGGAUUAUUGAGUAUUUGGCAAAAUUCGAGCAAGUUAAGCCAUCCCUCUUGCAUGGUAUCAUUAAAGCGGCUCCAGAGUUACCUGCUCACUUGGGAAAAAAUAUGGAGGAAGUUGUUUCUUUGAGAUGCUUGGAGGAGUUAUGUGGCCCUAGAAAUGGAAGCAUGAACAGUGCUUGGUCCUCGUUGGGAUCAAAGGCUAAAAUUGAUACAUCAAAGAGCUGCAAAAAUGGCUCUGCAUCUAAUCUUGAAGUGACUGCAAAUGAGUUGUUGAAAUGGGACCUUCACUCAUUUUUAACGCACAAGAGAACCUCUGUGCCAAAAACUGCUCUAGAGGAGGUAAGCAGAUCGCAUUGCUCAUAA